CAGCCGGCGGCGUGCGCCCCGAGCGCGGGCUUGGCGCGGCCGCUGGCCGCCCGCGGCGCCAUGCACGGCUCGCAGAAGGACACCACGUUCACCAAGAUCUUCGUGGGCGGCCUGCCCUACCACACCACGGACGCCUCGCUCAGGAAGUACUUCGAGGGCUUCGGGGACAUCGAGGAGGCCGUGGUCAUCACGGACCGCCAGACGGGCAAGUCCCGCGGCUACGGCUUCGUGACCAUGGCAGAUCGGGCAGCCGCUGAGAGGGCUUGCAAAGACCCUAACCCCAUCAUUGACGGCCGCAAGGCCAACGUGAACUUGGCGUACCUGGGUGCCAAGCCGCGGAGCCUGCAGCCAGGCUUUGCAGUUGGUGUGCAGCAGCUCCACCCCGCCUUGAUCCAGCGGACCUAUGGGCUGACCCCGCACUUCAUCUACCCGCCAGCCAUCCUGCAGCCCAGCGUGGUGGUCCCCGCCGCCCCUGUCCCCUCACUGUCCUCGCCCUACAUCGAAUACACGCCAGCCAGCCCUGCCUACGCCCAGUACCCGCCAGCUGCCUACGACCAGUACCCAUACGCGGCCUCUCCUGCUACUGCCCCCAGCUUCGUGGGCUACGGCUACCCGGCUGCCAUGCCGCAGGCCCUGUCGGCUGCGGCCCCCGUGGGCACCACCUUCGUACAGUACCAGCCAGCACAGCUGCAGCCUGAUAGGCUGCAGUGA